AUGGCUAAUGGUUAUCUCAAACAAGAAGGAAAUGAUGUAAUGGAGGUAGUUGGUCAAGAGUACUUUGACUACUUAGCAUCACGCUCGUUGUUCCAAGAUUUUGUAAAAGACGAUCACAAUAAUAUCGUUGGAUGUAAGAUGCACGAUUUAGUACAUGACUUUACUCAAUUCUUGACUAAGAAUGAAUGUCUCCACAUAGAAGUUAACGGCCUUAAAGAGCCAAUGAUAAACUCUUCUUAUCAUGAGCAAGUUUGUCAUUUGAUGGUAACAGGUCGUGGUGAUGAAAUGACUCCAUUUCCUUUAUCUAUUUGUAGUCUCAAAAGGCUACGUAGUUUCAUACUUGAUAAUGAAGCUCCCUUGUUCAUUACAUUGCCUUCUAAUAUGUUCACAAAAUUAUUUGUUGAAUUGACAUGUUUAAGGGCAUUAACUAUUUCCUUUAUUGGACGAGAUUUUCCGAAGGGGAUAGGAAAAUUGAUACAUUUGAGAUAUCUUCAUUUAGGCAAUCAACAAAUGAGAAAACGUCCUGAAGAAUUAUGUGGACUACAUAAUUUGCAAAUUUUAGAUGUUCGUGAAUGUAAAGGUUUGCAAGAAUUACCUCAAGGGAUUGGAAAAUUAAUAAAUUUAAGUCAUCUAGAAAAUGGUUCGAUCUAUUAUCUAAGAUACAUGCCAAAAGGAAUUCAAAGAUGGACUAAUCUUCGAACCUUAAGCACAUUCAUUGUUGGUAAUGAUGAUGAAGCAUGCAGCCUUGAAGGUUUGAAAUGCCUUAACCUAUAUGGAGAUUUGCGUAUAGAAAAGUUAGGAAAUGUAUCAAAUGUGGAUGGGGCUAGAAGAUUAGAGCUCAAGAAUAAGAAAAACCUCCUUCAUUUGACUCUGGAUUUCAGAAAAGACGAAGGAGAGAGGAUGAAUGAGGAUGAUGAAUCAAAAGAAGACGAAGGAGAGAGGACUGAUGAGGAUGAUGAAGCAGAAGAAGAUGAAGGAGAGAGGACAAAUGAGGAUGAUGAAGCAGAAGAAGAUGAAGGAGAGAGGACGAAUGAGGAUGAUGAAGCACUUCUUGAAAUCUUACAACCACCUUUAAAUUUGGAGAAAUUACAGAUACAGUAUUACAGAGGUAACACUAUUUUGCCCAACUGGAUGAUGUCCUUGACCAACCUCAAGAGUUUAGUACUCUCUCAAUGCAUAAACUGCAAGCAUUUGCCUCCCUUGGGAAAAUUGCCAUCCCUUAAAUCUUUAGAGAUAUGGUUUAUGAGGAGUUUGAAAAGAGUGAGUAAUGAAUUUUUGGGAAUAGAAAGUGAUGGCACAUCUUCAUCAUUUAUUUUCUUCCCCAGAUUGAAAACUCUUGCUUUUGCUUAUAUGGAUGAAUGA